AUGGCUGCAGAUUCAAAAGAUUCUGCUCUUCAAGUUGCUUCGCUUUGUUGUGAAAAUCAAAGCACUUAUCCACAGAAGCAAGGUAAUAUAUGACAGGACUUUGCCCUGGAGCUCAAAAUCUCAGCUAACUUUCUGAUUUUCGGUUUUUUAUAGGUACCUAUUCAUGGCAAGCAGAGCUUCGUGAUAUUCGAGAUUGCAAGAAAAUAAACGACAUUCUCGAACGAAGAAGCAUUGAAAUUCGUAGGCUUUACGAGCAGUGCCAAGAUUCAUGUAAGUGUUAUUUUCAAAUCCUUCUUUUUUGUAAAAGGGUGUUGCGUACUCAGCUGUAAGAUUUCCGCACAGCCGCAUACAUAUCAGCUCUAAUUAUUAUGCAUGCAUGUUUUGACAGAUGACUGUUUUGAGUUUUCACACAUUUCCCAUUUCAUACAUUCAUAUGUACGGUAUUUUAUGUUGCUUUUCUUCCUCUUCGUCGCGAGGGUUUCUUUUAUUUUUCUCACCACGAGGAGCACGAGACACGUGACGUUGCCAUCCUUUUCUGAUGGUUGUGAAGAAUAAAUAUCGUUGAUUUGAGAAUUCAACAAAUCAGCUAAACAAAUCUGAUUGAUCCCAAAAAUACAUACCCUAUAUUUAUUAUAAACUAGUGUUGUGUUUGAUUUAAAGUGUGUAGUAUUUGUUGUUUGUAGCAUUUGUGUACCAAAAUUGUGAAUUUCUAUACAGGGGCAAGUUUAAUAAAACUGUAAUUUACAAGACUAGUGUGCUCAUUGUUUGAGUGUCUAAAAACAACACUGGUAAAUCACAAUUGUAAUAGUUUUAUUAAAUUGACCCCGAGUUUAAAAAUCAAUGAAAUAGAAACAUAUUGAUCGCUGGCUUCUUUUUAUAGUGGAUGAAUGUCGUCAUCUUGAGGCGGAGUGGUUCGUUUUAGUUACAGAAAAAGACAAAAAUUUUCGGCAACAAAUUGAAGAGGUAAUAUUAAUAGAUUAAGCUUGUCAGACAGGCUGGUUAAUAUCAAACUUAAGGCUUUAAGUCACACAACAACCAAGAAAUGAGGUCUCGGGGGAGUUGUGUUGUUUUUUAGAUUCGUCUUUUGCUUUAUGUAAUGUGUGUUGGUAUAUACUACAGAACUGAAAGAAAGAUGGUGGGAGACCAAUGUUUAAAUAUAAGACUACUAAAAUGAUACAGGGUGCAUUGAUUCCAUUUUGAUGAUCAGGAUCAGGAUUAGUGAUCCCAUCAUCCUGAAGAGACCCAGGAGUGAUAGCUGGAUCUUUUUGAAAAAGUUUGCUGCUGAUUUUCCUGACGCGACUCACCACCCCUUGGUCUCCAAGGAUGAGAUCACUCGGAAGAAAGCACAACAAAGGAGCCAACAAAGGGUUGCCCAAAGAGGAUUUAUUAUUUCCUUUGAUACAUCAUGGUCUGAGUGACCUGCAUCCCUGAUCCUGAUCUGGAAUAUACCAAAGGAAAUGCAACCAAUGCCAAACCUCCAGAAUUCAAACACUGGUGAGCAAAAACCUGGUGUCAAUGUUAUGGGAGUGUUCAUAUUAUAGAUAUAGGGAUUUCAAGAUGUUUGGUGUCUUUGGCACCAAGGGAACUGUUUGUUAUUAAAAAUAUUAUCAUAGAGGUCCGCACGGGGAGAGCUUCAUCUGUAAAAAUAGUCCAGACAAGUGCCAAAUAACGAAAAGCAUUGUUUUUCUAAUUCUAAAGGAAAAUGAAGAAGGCAAGAAGAAUAAGAUGAAACAACAGUACGAUGUCAUUAAAUCACAGGAUACUAUCAGUGUUGCUAAACCAAAUGAAACCACUUUNUACUGCCGAAGAAAUGACAUAGACAUCACAAAAAAGUCCACAGACACCGUGAAAUCAAGUGAUGUUCAUGAUGAAAAUACCUGUGCCACACCCCUACCUCCCCAGGUACUCAUUCCACCUCCCCCGCCACCACCCCCUGUGGGAAAUUUGGCAGCUUUUUUGGUAUCAAACAGAGCUCUGAAGGAAAGAGGUUCUCAAAAUCACCAGAAAAAGAAUUUUAAACCAGUCAAACCAGAUCCAGCAACACCAUGCAAUCAUCUUAAUGAAGAGCUCCUCAACAGAAUAAGAAAUGGGUGUCGUUCUGAACUAAAGAGCACGCCAGUGAAACGUUCGCCCGGUGGCACGCCACUAAAAAGACAAAGACGGAUGUCUGAGAGUGACACUUCUGAUUUAAUAACUGUGGCACUGAAAAGGAAAUUCCAACAUACAAUUUUCCAUAGCCCUAAAGAAUGUGAUUCACCAAGAUCUGUUGUGUCUCCUGGAGAUAUAUAA